UGUAUGACGCUUUAGGAUAUACGUGCAUACGUGAAGAGUGUGUGCGUGAAAGCAAAAUUAAUAAAACGUGGAAGUAUCAACCUCGAAUCCUUUGGAUUUAUGUCCUCCUUCGCACUGCCGGAUCGUGGCGUUUUUGUGGAUUUUAUAAGCUAGAUAACAUCGAAUUCUAUUUCUUGCCGCUGUGGUUGAAAUAUUUGCGUAGAACAUUUUGAGCUCAACGUGUAUGAAUUCGUAUGGCAAUAAUAAAGAAAGAAAGAUAAGCAAAAAGUAAAAGUGGAAUACAAUGAUUUACCGAUGAUCUCGCGUGACUAGUAAAUCGUCACUAAAUUGACCAGCAACCGCAAUAAGCAUUAACAUCUGUAUCAUUAAUGCUAACGACUGGGCUGACCUCCAACUAAAAUAUAUAGUCUGCAAUACGAGCGGGAGGGGGCAUUCUUAUGAUUCAGCAGGAAAAUGAAGACACACUCGUACAUAAGAAUGGCAUUAACGGCUGUCUUAUAAUCAUUCCGAUGAUAGUGUAAAUGGUGCUAGCCAGGGGUCGCAGUUCGCCGAAAAAAUAAGGCACUUCAUAUCCGCUUCUUACAUCGAUCUAUUGUCUAUGUGCUGUGGAGCGUACCAUUGCGAAAUUGUCUAAACGCCAGCUGCCUAUACUCUACCGUUAAGGUGGGUGACUUAUCGACCGUACGAGCGCCAAUACGAACCAACCGACGUAUCCAGCAGUCCGUAAGCGAUAUUCGACUUGACCAUCGCAUCUUCCUUCUGCGGUUUGUUUUUGUACAUGUUUCCCCCGGAAAAGCCUUCCUUAUCCCAAUCUACCUAUUUGCCAUUGGAAUAUGUGAACUGCUAAUCUCCGUUACCUGUUUGGUUCAUUCAACAUCUAUAUAGAAACACAUAGUAGAGAACCAGAGCCAAAAGGAAAAAUAGAGCUAACAAAAGCGUAGUUGCUGUUAUUUGUUGGUGUUCAAAGAGGAAUCAUCGACUCGGGUGCUGGGUGUGUGUAUCUGUGCGUUAUGAUACUAUGUGUUUAUCUUUGUUGUCGUUGUUGUAUUCUUGAUGACCGCGCCAUUAACACAAGUUACUGUAACCACCGUAACAACAGCUGCAACGAAAAAAAGGUGAGACAGUCAUCCAUACAACUUUAAUCUACCGAAGUCGAACACUUCACCGAGGACAUCCAUUUUACAUGGUUGUGUUUACCAUCCAAAUCGCGGGCUACAAUGGCACGGGCAUCCGCUAAAAUGUAGAAAAGUAGAAGAAUGUCAUAGUAAACAGCGAAAUACAUAGAAAGUAUCCUGAUUGGCUAAGUACGUGAGAUUCUGAAUCCAUUCUGAAUUCUGAAUCAGAGUGAUACCAUCAAAUUUCGCAAAUCUGAUGGUAAUGCCUUCUUCACAUGAACGUAAAACUGUGACACGCUUCGUAAAGUGAAUUAUGAUGGAAUGACCCGAAGAGCCUCUUAUUUACCAAAGUAUCGAGAUUUCGACUGAGCUCGGCUCAUCCCUCGAUGAGUAACGGUCAUGCUUAGGACGGCUCGAGUGACUGCCACUAGAGGGCGCUGAGACCGCGGUCGUGAUGCGCUGGAGAUUAUUACUCCGGCCCCCGCUGCGGGGGGUGCCCCUGCAGCUCAUACUAAUCAUCAGCAUACUUGUCAUCCUCAAUCGGAGGGUGGACUCAUCGAGUCUGAUAGGCUUUGGCCCUUCUACGGGCAUUCAACUAGCGGAUGACAGACUCACGUUUACCAGAGCGUCGUACAAUGUUUCAAUUCCUGAAAACUGUGUCGGAAAGACAUAUGUCCGCCCGCAAGAACGUAUGGGAAUACAAACAAGCCCAGAAAUGAGUGUACGUUACAAGAUCGUCUCAGGCGACAAGGACAAGUAUUUCAAAGCUGAGACCAAGCAGGUCGGCGAUUUUUGGUACCUACUACUACGAAUUCGAACAGAAAACUCGGUAGUGCUCAAUCGCGAAUAUCAGGAUCGCUAUCGUUUGAAAGUGCGCGGUACGCUGCAACAUAAGAACCGCAAGCUAUACGACGUGCAUUGCGAUGUGCUCGUCCGAAUUCUCGACAAGAACGACAUCUCGCCAUUGUUCUAUCCGAAGACGUACAACAUUUCCGUGUCGGAAAUGACACCGUUACAUCAGACUGUGCUUAAGGUUAGCGCGGACGACCCCGACCAGGGGGUUAACGGCGAGAUCUACUACAAUUUGGCGGAGCCUUCGCAACAGUUCGCCAUUCAUCCAACCCUCGGCGGAAUCUCGCUCACGCGACCACUUGACUUCCGGCGAGAACGGGUGUAUAACCUCACUGUCGAGGCGAGGGAUCGUGGGCCAAAACUAGGAACAGAUACAGUAAUAAAGGCAAGUACGGCAAAGGUUACUAUUCAUGUGUUGCCUGCAAACAGGCACAAACCAAAAAUUGUCGUCAAAAAUCUUCAGUCGUAUAUUGAGCACGGCGUGGGCCCCGAAACGUGGGCGGUGGUUCAGGUCACCGACGAGGAUUCAGGAAGUAAUGGCAAUGUUGGGGGCCUAGCUAUCACCGAUGGCGACCUCGAUGGCCAAUUCCGGGUACACAACGUUGGACCCAACGAAUACAAUGUUGAUUUUGAUCCACGCAACGGGGCGACAGGGGAGAGUCGUGGCUAUAACUUAACGUUACGUGCAUGGGACAAAGGCAGUCCUUCACUGUUUACUGAUCACAGCGUGUUCAUUCGUGUAAGCCCUGCCCUGGGUGCUAUUACGCCAGUUUUUGACAAGGAGGACUAUGACGUCCACAUCCAGGAGGUAGCCCCACCAAAUUCACCUAUCGUCCGCGUGUCGGCACAUUUACCUCACGAAGAAAAGCACAAUGACGUGAUUGUGUAUCGUAUCGAAACUGGCGAUGAGGACGGCAUAUUUGAAGUCAACCCAAAGACUGGUCAGAUUACAACGAAACAUUGGCUCGACCGUGAGACUCGUAAAUAUUACUCCCUAACGGUAAGCGCGACUAACACGAAAAGCCGAUCGACGCGACAUCGUACGGGUGCAGCUGUUGCAACGACUAUUGUAAAUAUAAACGUAUUAGACUGCAACGACAACGCACCGAGAUUCAACACCAGCAUCGAAUCUGUGGUAACAAUUGAUGAGAACAUCCCCAUUGGAACGAAGGUGAUAACAGUCAGUGCUGCCGACGCCGAUGACGGCGAAAAUGGCUACGUAUCUUUUGCUCUAGCGAACACCAACAAGAUACCGUUCAAAAUAAGCCCGUUUACGGGGGUAGUAACAACAACCGAAGUGAUCGAUUACGAAUCGAUGUCGACCAAUUUCUAUAUGCUACGAAUCCGAGCUAUUGACUGGGGCUCGCCGUUCCAGCGCCAGAGCGAAAUGACGGUCCGUGUUCAGGUUCGUGAUCUGAAUGACCACAGGCCGCAGUUCGAGAAAGUUGACUGCGCGGUGAGCGUCAAUAGCCAGACCCCAAUUGGAACGGCGAUCCUCACACUCUCGGCUAUCGACUUAGACCUGCGAGAUCUUGUUACCUAUCGUAUGGAACCAGCCAGUGAGCAUCAAUGCUUUUCGCUUGACCCCCAGAGCGGCAUCCUUUCGGUAGCGUGCGAUUCGAUUGAGCUUAUUGAUCUCGAUGACGUAAUGCUGAACGUGUCAGCCACUGACGGUGAGCACUUUGCCGACUCAAUGCAUGUUAAAAUUAAGAUCGAUAAAUACAGCCAAGAUCGCAACCAUCUUCUGAAAAGCCGUAAAGACGAAAAGUGGAAACCGCACGUCGAGUGCCGGGAAGCGGGUCUGACCAAGAGGCUAAAGGAAUUCCUUCUGGCGAGAAACUCGGCUGAUCGAAAUACGGACCAGAUGGAAGACACCCUAAUUUCCCAUAGUUUCUUCGAGAACAGAUUCGCGCCCGAAUUUCCAAAGUCGUCGUUAGAAAUCUCGGCCAAUGAGAGCACACCAACGGGCAGUGUUCUUGCACGUCUGCGAGCCAAGGACGCUGAUCAUGGCUAUAACGGUCAGCUCGUAUAUGUGAUAGCUUCUGGGGAUGACGACUCGUGCUUCCAGAUGGACCUCUAUAAAGGAAAUCUGAUUUUGGUGGAAACAUUAGAUCGAGAACGAACCCCAAAAUACGUCCUCAACGUAACUGUUUAUGACCUAGGUGAGCCCAAGAAGUCAGCGUGGAUGACCGUUGUUGUCUACGUGCUCGACGUCAAUGAUAAUCCACCUAUUUUUGAGAAGCCCCAAUACAAGUUCAAAAUUAGUGAAGCCGUUAGUAAGGGCGCUCUCGUGGCAAAACUGCGUGCGACUGACGCCGACGACGGGGACAACUCGCGGAUCCGCUACAAACUUUCUUCAGAAACGCACGAUUUCACCGUCGACGAAAAAUCAGGCAUUCUGAUCGUGCAACAUAGCCUUGAUAGAGAACGUCAGGCUGAAUAUAACCUCAUGGUCAAAGCAACGGACUCCUCCUUUGAUAUGCCGCUAACUGGCACCACCUUGGUCAAUAUACAGGUUCAGGAUGUCAACGACGAGCCUCCCCGAUUCACCCUAAAAAGUUACUCGACUAGGGCACGCGAAGAUCUGCCAAAGGGCACGGUCAUCAUGACGAUGACAGCCCAAGAUCCGGAUCUGGGCGACGGAGGUAAAAUUAGUUAUCAAAUGGUCAACAAGGAACUCAAACAUUUGUUCGAUGUUGAUUCAGAAACCGGCAUCGUACGAUUGAUCGGAGAAUUAGACUUCGAGAAAAAUCAAAUUUACAACGUGACGAUCCGGGCUAGCGAUUCCGGAGAGCCAAAAUCACUAUACACCGAAAGCUUUCUUGUUGUCGAAGUUGAGGACGUUAACGAGAAUCGCCAUGCACCAAAGUUCGCCGACGUGGUAGUGCAAGCUGCUAUUAACGAGAACCUCCCAAUUGGAGCUUUCGUCCUUAACGUUACCGCGACAGACGACGACGACCCUUCCAAACUGGACGGAAUGGUCACCUAUAGCAUAAUUGAAGGGGACGGUUUGGGUCUCUUUGCUAUCGAUGAUAAAGGAGUCAUUCGUACGAAAUCAGUGCUCGACUGUGAGAACAAGCCAUACUAUUGGCUGGUCGUUUCAGCGCAAGAUCGCGCUGCCGUUCCGCUCAGUUCCCGACUUGACGUCUUCAUCAAAAUCAAUGACGUAAACGACAAUAUCCCGCUUACAAAGCUGCCGUAUUAUAAAGGAACAGUGCUUGAGGAUUCUGCCUCUGACGUUUCUGUACUGAGUAUAGAGGCAUUCGACGGAGACCAUAGUGCGAACGCCGAAAAGAUCUCUUUCAAGAUCACUGCUGGUGAUCCUCAAGGGUACUUCAGUAUUGACGAACACACUGGUCUCAUUACGACAACUAAUCGCAAGCUCGACCGUGAAAUCCAGGAUAAGUACUUGCUCGAUGUUACCGUCACCGACAAUGCUGAACCUCCUCUCUCAUCUGUAACGCAAGUUCUAAUUCACGUCGGAGAUAUUAAUGACCAUGAUCCGAAGUAUACGCAGGUUCAAUAUCGCUUUAAAAUACUAGAGCAGGAAGAACUCAGGGAACAAGCUGACCUCGCACAGGUAGUCGCAUCUGACCCCGAUACUGGAGCAAACUCCGAACUGGCCUACUCUAUCAUCAAAGGAGCAAGCUUCCGCUUUUCAAUCGACCAACAGACCGGCAUGAUUCGCUCGAGAUCGGCGUUGCUGGCCGACGAAAUUUACGAGCUGCAUGUUAAAGUCAGUGACCUUGGCGAAGUUCCCCGGCACUCCACCUGCGUAGUUAUGCUUCAGGUGGCACCACGACCCGUAGCCGCCAACAACAAGCCGCCAAAGGUGAAGACAGUUGACGUCAGCGAAGUGCUGGAAACAGACAAGGUCGGCCAUGUAGUUGCUAUGAUUUCCGCCAUGGACUUCGACCUACAUACAGUGUACUUCCGCAUCAGCUCAGGUAACGAGAAAAAACUCUUCGCACUGAAAAAACCGGACGAGGGUGCUGUAAUCAUUGCUCGGCCCAUAGUACAGUCCGACGUUGGGACGCACACCCUCGGCGUCGAGGCUACUGACGGCCUAUCCAAGACUUAUAUUGAAUUUAAUGUUACCGUCAUGGAUGACAACAAUCAGUAUCCCGAGUUCAUUGAAGAAAAAUACUCGGUCGAGGUCUCGGAGAUGGUUAAACCUGGUACGGAUAUCCUUAAGAUCAAGGCUAUUGAUAAGGAUGUCAAUGACCAGCUCUUUUAUGCCAUUCAUAACGCAGCUGCAGUUGCCAGUAUGAAAAAGUUCCACCUGGCAGCGUCCACGGGAAUCCUGCAAGUGGCCCAACCAUUAGAUCACGAGGAAACCCGCGAACAUGUGAUUACCGCUCUCGCUAAGGAUUCAGGUUUGCCUGGUAAACGCGCUUAUGUUCGAAUCCACGUGCACGUGGUGGACCACAAUGACCAUGCGCCUGAAUUUCUACAGAGCUCGUUCGAGGGCAAAGUAUUCGGAAGUGCAGCUAUUGGCACGUCCGUGGUGCAAUGCACGGCUAUCGACAAGGACCGGGGCGACAAUGCACGCAUCUCAUACAGUAUCGUAUCAGGCAAUGUGGGUGGAAGUUUCAAUAUCCAGCCGCAACUGGGCACCCUAAGUGUGGCGAAACCCUUGAACCAGCAGGUGCUCCCGGAAUAUUACCUCGUCGUUCGUGCCGAUGACCAUGGCUCACCUUCUCUCAACUCCACCGUCACUGUGCACAUCAAAGUUACGGUCGCGACAAAUGCGCCACCACGUUUUGAGGUUGACACCAAGGUGGUAGAGGUUCUGGAAAACGAACCCCUAGGCACACCAGUCGUGAUUGCGCAGGCGCAAAGUGGCUCUGCGCUCUACUAUGACAUCUCGUUGGGCAAUGACGAGGGCUGUUUCGUCAUCGAUCAAAGCUCGGGCAUUGUGACAACAAGCUGUACACUCGAUUAUGAAAUGAAACAGCAGUACCUGAUUAUUGUUCGCGCUACCAACCUUGUCUACUCUGUCGCCGAGAUGGCGCUUACAAUCCACGUAGUUGACGUUAAUGACAACGCGCCGAUCCUUAAACCGAGAAGUUACACCGGACUGAUUAGCGAGGUCGCGGAACCGGGCAGCGUUGUGAUGACCAACGACUCACUACCUCUUGUCGUGACGGCAACCGACGCAGACCGAGACAUCAACGCUCACUUGAUUUUCUCCCUGGUAGAUUCAUGGGCUCGACGCUUUUUCCGGAUCGAUCCGUCAACAGGGUCGAUUUCGGCGGCACACCGGCUAGAUCGUGAAGUGCGCGAUUUUUAUUCAUUUGCAGUAGAGGUUUGCGACAACGGUCGACCGACAGCAUUGUGCAGCCGUGCCCCGGCAAAAGUUGUCGUUCACGUUUUCGACGUGAACGAUUCCCCUCCGCAAUUCGAAAAAGAAUACUACAAUGUUACGCUGGUGUUGCCUACUCAUCGAGGCGUAACGGUUGCGCGGUUGACUGCGACGGACCCUGAUCUCGAUCCGGUAAUUCGCUAUUCUAUCAUCGGUGGGAACUCAGAGGAACAUUUUUCUGUCGACCCGAUAUCUGGCCUCGUGAAGGUCAGCCAGCCGAACGAUAUGCUAGAUUUCUAUCGACUCAUCGUUGCUGCUUACGACGGCGUCUAUGAGAAAACGACAACUCUGCAUGUCGCAGUCGUGCAAAGUUCAUCCGGCGUUCCUGGAUCUAGCGGUAAUGGAGGACGAUCGUUUCGUUUCUCUGAACCCAGUUACGACAGCCGUGUGAUCGAGAACGUCGAGGCCAUUCAGUCGCCACUGCUUGUCCUGACAACAGUAGGCACUCCGCUGCAGGAACAUGUGCGAUUCACGCUGCUCAAUGAAGAGGACAAAUUUUCAGUUGGUGAAACAUCUGGUGCCCUGUUCAUUCGACCAAACGUCCGAUUCGAUCGGGAGCAGCAGGCUAGUUAUAGACUAGUUGUGAAUGCAGAAGCGACAGCAAGUGGACGCGUGGCCAGUACUCUAAUAGACGUUACUGUAGAUGAUCAAAACGAUAAUCCUCCGACAUUCGUGGACACACCUUAUCACUGCGUGGUGCCUGUUGAGGCCGGCAAAGGCGAACUCGUGCAAAAGGUACGAGCUGAAGACCCUGACUAUGGCGUCAAUGGCCAGGUGCUGUAUUAUUUACGCGAUGAUCACAAAGGCAUCUUUGAUAUUGGCACGCAGAGUGGAAACAUCACAUUGCGCAAACGUUUACCCGCACACAUCACUCGUUAUACACUCACCGUUGUGGCGAAAGACGCGGGCUCGCUACCAAUGUACUCGGAAGUCCAGGUACCUGUCAAGGUAGUGACGCGUACAAUGCCUGCCUUUGAGAAGCAGUUCUAUAGCGCCCGAAUUAAAGAAAAUCAUGGCCCCAAUGAACCGAUUUUGUCUCUAACAGCUACAAGUCCUCGAGGUAGGCCUUUGAUCUACGACAUUACUGGCGGACACCACAAAGAAGACUUUCGACUUGAUUACCAAACAGGACCUAAUACUGCUAAUUCACCAUGCAUACUCUAUGUGAAUGAACAGCUGGAUUUCGAUAAAAUGAGCAAGUACGACUUGACGGUACGGGCCACCGAUUCUGUCACCGGCGCUUAUUCUGAAGUCUCUGUGACUUUGUCAAUUGAAGAUGUCAACAACCAUCCUCCACUAUUUGAGCAGAUCAUCUACAACGUUUCUGUGCCAGAGCUUUCCCCUCCAGGAUCAAGCAUUCUCGCCGUUAAAGCCCACGACAAGGAUAGCAACAGCGUCCUCAGCUAUUCAGUUGAAGACACGGAACGCUUCAUGAUCGAUGCCAAGACAGGCGUCAUUAGCUUGAAAAGAUCGCUAGAUUAUGAGAAACAAUCGAGUAUUACUCUGACGGUAAUCGCGACCGACUCCGGACCUCCUCACUCGCUGUCUUCUACAGCCCUGGUGUUCGUUCAGGUGACGGACACCAAUGACAGUCCGCCUGCCUUUGUUCGGCCUUCUGUAGACUGUUCAGUCAGCGAGCUGGCCCGAAGAGGCCAAUUUGUGGCCCACCUCGGCGCCAGUGACCCAGACUUUUCGCCUAGCGUGCUAAGUGUCCCGCAGACACUAGCACGUUUCCCCGACCAGUUUAGCAGCACCCCUAGCCUCGCAUACCAAAUCAUUUCUGGCAGUCAGGCCUUUACUGUUGAUCGCUACUUUGGAGUCGUGUCGAUAGGCAAUUUGCACUUAUUCCGUGAGUUGGUCAAGUCGGAUCUCGAUGUACACCUGCUGAACGUCUCAGUCACAGACGGGGUGUUCGUAGCCUUCUGCCAGCUGCGAAUUCACAUUGUACCUUCUAACAACCACUCGCCAAAGUUCACUCAUUUUGAGUACGAGGCGAUCGUGGCCGAAAACUCGAACGCUAACACCUAUGUCACAACGGUCUCGGCGAGCGACCAGGACAGAGGUAGUUUUGGCCGGGUCAAAUAUUACAUCCAGUCUGACGAGAAUAACCGAUACUUCAGUCUCGAUCCAGAUAGUGGCGAAGUACGCACAAGGAAACUGCUCGAUAGAGAAAAAAAACAGCUUUACAAUAUUGCCAUCAUCGCCGAAGAUGGUGGGGGCAGGAUUGGUCAUAGCGUCGUACGGGUGACGGUCACCGAUGUUAACGACAAUGUGCCCCAAUUCAUGUUGCCCGAAUAUCGAGCUAACGUAAAGAACCAUACGAUUGGGCAGACCAUUCUGAAGGUAACGGCAGUAGAUAAAGAUCUGACAUUGUCCACCUUACGACACUCUAUACAUGAAGGCACUCCUCGUAAUGUUACCGAAAGCUUUGGUAUCGUCGAAGAUACCGGAGAGAUUUAUAUCAAAGAACCUCUAAGAGAAGGUAUGGUCUAUCAGUUCUUUGCUAAAGCAUCAGAUCGAGUCGAGCCUAUGCAGGAAUCAAUUGUGCCGGUUACCGUUUCUGCUCUGCUUCCCAAUCAGGUAGAGCCAUACACUAAAGCUCGGAUACAGGAUCUGUAUGUGAAAGAAAACGCAAAAAUACCCACUGUUAUCACAACACUCGGUGCACAACAGUCAAGUGAUCUGAAGUUUACGCUCAUUGCCAACGAUAACGAUCUAUCGCUGUUCACCAUUGAUGCGGACACGGGGCGCCUAACAGCCAUUCGUUCGUUAGACCGUGAGGAGUGCGCACGUUACCACGUAGGAAUUAGAGCAGAGGCCCGAUCCAGCGGUCUCGUAUCACUGAUCCAGGUCAAUGUACACGUGAUGGACGAUAACGACAAUAAACCCCAGUUUGAGUCGACGGCUCAGAAUGGCGGCUACUCGGUUCGGGUUGCUGAGAACGUACCCAUCGGCAGUAAGAUCCUUCGGCUGAUGGCAAAUGAUGCUGACAUCGACUCGAAUGGUGUCAUUACGUAUGAUUUCUAUGAGAGAAAUGAUCCUGCUGCAGAUAUCUUUCAGAUCGACCCCCAGACAGGCUGGGUAACGAAUUUAAUUGCACUCGAUAGGGAAUCUGUGCCGUCGUACAACUUAACGGUCGUGGCUCGCGACAACGGAACGCCGCUUAAACAGUAUUCAUUGACGACAAUUCACAUAACCGUCAUCGAUUACAACGAUAAUCCUCCGCAUUUCCCCAAAGACAUGUACGAUAUUGAGGUUAGUGAAGAUGUCCUCGAUAACACGGAGAUUCUCACGCUGAACAUUGAAGAUCCAGACGAUCCGAAAAGUCAAACGAUGUAUUUCUAUUUGACAUCUGGAAAUGACCGGAACCACUUCGGCCUGUCCGACCACGGAGUUUUGUUCGUACGACAAAAGCUUGACCGAGAAAGUCAAGAACACUAUAUACUUGAGGUAACGGCCAGUGAUGGCAUCUACAUCGCAAAAACGAAGAUCAAUAUUCGUCUUCAAGACGCCAACGAUAAUGGGCCGGUCUGUCUUCAGUCUGCGUAUAUUGAACAAGUUCGAGAGGACGUUGCCCCCGGAGCGCUUAUACUUACUGUCGUUGCACGUGACUCUGACAUAGGACGAAAUGCCAUACUACGAUACUCUUUGCGUGGCAAAGGCCAUGAACAGUUUCACAUAAAUGCUAGCACAGGUGAAUUACGCGUCAAUAGGGCCCUCGAUCGUGAGACCCAGUCGUCAUAUAGUCUUACAGCGCACGUGCAAGACAGCCAACACAUGGAGUGGUCGUGCACGUCCAGCGUGCACAUCAUGGUCAGCGACGUAAAUGACUGCGCACCGCAGUUCACUAAGGAUAAUUAUACUGUUUCGAUUUCGGAAGAUGCUGAAAUAGCCACAGUGGUUAUGAAGAUCUACGCUGUAGAUCGCGAUAUUGGCAUUAAUCGCAAAGUAUCGUACACGCUUCUUGACAACGCUGGCGGACAUUUUGAGAUACAAGCAAACACUGGUAUCAUCCAGCUGAUGAAAGCACUCGAUCGGGAGACGGUCGACAUCUACCGUCUGAUCGUUGAGGCCGCUGACCACGGACAUCCGCAGAUGACUUCCGCGGUGCAGGUCAACGUCGUCGUCCUUGAUGUUAACGACAACCCGCCCGAAUUCACGCAAAAAAUAUACCAUGCGAAUAUAAGCGAAAUGGCACCGCACGGUACACGCGUCGUGCAGGUCAAAGCAUUUAGCCGAGAUAUUGGCAUCAAUGCUGAAAUCAGCUAUAGCUUGGAGAACGCGGAACAAUUCGAUAUCGACCAAGAAUCUGGUAUCGUUUCCGUAAUGCGUGCACUUGACUACGAGACUCAGGCACAAUACAUGUUGACAGUGGUGGCCAAAGACGGUGGAACUCCGACGCUCAGCUCCACUAGCCUGCUUAACGUCACCAUCAUCGAUUUCAAUGAUAAUAAGCCAACAUUCGACAAGAUCCGUUACAACUCUGUUAUCCGUGAAGACACGAAGGUUGGGGAGAAGAUCUUGCAGAUACAAGCCACAGACAGCGAUAGUGGAGUCAACGGUAAACUGUCGUACGAAAUUGUGAACGCAAGCGAAUACAGAGAGUUCAACAUUGACCCUCGGACUGGCGUAAUCGUGUUGCGCAAUGCGCUUGAUCGCGAACUACAAUCCGACUACUAUUUUGUGGUCAUGGCACGCGAUGGUGGCGAAUCCGAACUCAACGAGACAGUUGAGGUUUCUGUGGCACUUUCGGAUAUUAACGAUAAUGCCCCUCAGUUCGUGAAAGGUGGAAACUAUUCGGCGAUAAUACAAGAGGGUAAACGUGAUCAGAAAGUGAUCGAAAUUCAGGUUACGGACCGCGAUACGCCCGCCAACGCCGGACCUUUCACACUCACCAUCCUUAAUGGAAACUCCAACUUGGACUUUGUUGUUCGGAACAUGGCCAUCUACACGGCAGAAGCUCUUAACACCGAACGACGUGCCGAAUACAAUCUACUGAUUCAGGUCAGCGACUCCGGAACACCGUCACUAAGCUCAAAGACCAGUGUCCACGUCAAGGUCAUUGAAGAGAGCAAAUUCCCUCCAGAUGUGGACGAUCUUCACAUUCACGUCACUUCCUACCUGGACGACUUCCCCGGAGGGGUAAUCGGAAAACUUCAUGCCAGUGACUCCGAUCCCUAUGACAAGUUGAUAUACGAACUGGUCGAUAAAGAGAACUCUCUAUUUUACAUCGACAGCGAGGAGGGAACGCUGUCUGCCCAAAAUGGUCUGGACGUGGGCUCUUACAUCGUCAACUUGAGUGUCAGUGACGCCAAAUUUACGACCGAAGCGCAGGCAUUUGUUGAAGUGUCCCUGAUAACCGAAGAAGCGCUAUCUAACGCUGUCAUCGUGACCCUUGCGGAUGUUACCCCUGAAGACUUCCUUCUCACUUAUCAAAAGGGUUUUCAAAAUGGACUGAAAAUCAUGUUCGGUUUGAAGAAGCAGAACGUUCAUAUCAUGAGUAUCCAGCCCAGCAUAGCUGUCAAUGGAUCCAACACUAUCGAAAAACGAUCAGUCGGCAAACGUUCAUCGCAAAGAGAAAAUCUUGACUUAUUAUUUGCUCUGCAUAAGAAUCAACAAUACUAUAAAGCCUCGUUCGUCACUCAAAAACUCCGCGAGAACCAAUCACAAAUGGAUAAAGAAAUCGACAGGAAGAUUAUUUACAUUUCGCAGAAUCGCUGCAGACCCGAAAUGUGUGCAAAUGGUGAAUGCUCCGACACCGUUGAACUGGAUAGAACUGAUCUCCAAAGUAUUACCACGGACCGACUAAGCUUUGUAUCGCCGCGUCACUACCCAACUCUAGAGUGCAUCUGCCAACCAGGCUUUGGUGGGCCCAAAUGUGAAACACCUGUUAACGAGUGCUCGAAACAUCCAUGCGCAUCACCAAAGAUCUGCAUCCCGAGCACGUUGCAAGCUACCGGAUACACAUGUCAGUGUCCAGAAAACACCGGAGGUCCACUAUGCAACGAAACCUGCGCUGAAUCCAAUAUAGACACAUGCUACAUCGAGCGCCAUCCGCUCAACUUUGAUGAACGAUCGUAUGCCCACUACGAACUUAAUCACGGCAUCGACAAGAGACUUAUGUUUAGCGGACGCGUUCGUACCUUUCAACAAUCUGGUGUUAUCCUUUACGCCGCUGGUCAGAGGGACUAUGCCGUUCUAGAAGUGCACAAUGGCAAAGUACAGUUCCGCUUCGAUUGUGGAUCCGGCGAAGGUCUUGUAAGGGUUUCGCACAAAACAAUUACGGAUGGCCGCUGGCAUCACAUCAUAUUAGAGCGGCGCGGCAAUUUUGCUCGCGUGUCCGUGGACCGCAAAUGGGAAGCUAGCGGCGUCUCACCAGGCAGCCACGACAUACUGAACCUUGACAAAAGGAACCAGCUCUUUAUCGGCGCCGCUUUAGUCGGCGCGGCACGCGACGAAAUGAGGCGUGGUUUCUUUGGCUGUAUGGAUGAUAUUAAAGUGAAUUCCGUUUCAUUACCUCUGCACAUGACUGGCUCAUCGAACGUCGCCCAUCUAAAGAGGUUCGUUAACGUUCAAUUCAAGUGCAAGGAUCCUCUACCAAAUCCAGGGGCAUGCGGCACGCAGCCCUGCCAUAAUGGUGGCACGUGUCUGUCAGGCCUACAUUCAGCCAAUUACACUUGCGUGUGUAUUGAGCCCCGCUUUAAGGGCAGCCACUGCGAGGUCGACACCGAUCCGUGUGCCUCGAACCCGUGCUCGUUUAGUACAUUAUGUUCAAACGUCUUCGAUGGCCGAAACAAUGACUUCCAGUGCGAGUGUCCACCACAGCUUAGUGGCAAACGAUGCGAGUACGGUCAGUACUGCAAUCCGAAUCCGUGUCAGAACAAGGGCGUCUGCGAAGAAGGAGAAACGGAUUUCACGUGCCGCUGUCCUAUUGGUUACCGGGGCAAUCGCUGUCAGUAUGACAUCGACGAGUGCUUGCACCAUAUCUGUGCCCAAGGGGCCACCUGUAUCAACUUACUUGGUGGUUUUGAGUGCGUAUGUCCUCCGAACGUGACCGGACCAUUUUGCAGUGAGCACCUCCAGCCUCCGCUUAUCAUCUCUAGCCGACUAAAUACCACGGUCGAAGAGCUGGUCGGCAUCGUAUCCGUAGUUUCAUUGGUCUUCCUUCUGGCCCUUUCCACAGUGUGCUUCUUUCGCUUCCAAUUCAAGAAGCAUCGGCGAAUGCAUUCGCAUUUACAAAGUCAUGUUAUGCUACAUGGUUCCACCGGCGAUGCUCUUGAGUAUGGUCUAACUUCAACUAAUAAGAAGCACAAACAAAAGAAAAGCAAGCGUCAACAGCAGGCAACAACAGCUGAACAAUGCCAGAUGGCCGAUCUGCUUCUGGAUAUUGCGGGCAAGAAACUAGAUGGCGGAUCGAUGAUGAACAACCUCGACAAACAGCCCGUCGCUCAACCACUAAAUGUCCAGUCGUCAACACUGGGCUCACCGCGACAUACACACGCUGAUAUAGCACUCUGUCAGAGUAUGGUAGUAGUGCCCACCACACCGCAAUCGAUUCUGCGAAUGCCCCGCACUGAUCUCAAUCCACAAUACAUUGACAAGGAGCAAAUGUACUCCGAGGACAAGAUCAAGAACUGCACUCUCCCUAACGCUGCAAGCCAGCCGGGCCUUCGCUACGACGAUUUGGCGAGCUACAGCUGGGAUUACAGUGACCUCACGGCCGAGCAGCACGCGCUCACGUCUAAUAUUCCCGAGCAUGUGCCAGCCAUAAAUGACGAGGUCAAUAGUCUUCUGAGCUCGACAGAGUCUAACUCCCACUCGAACCUCACCGCCCUUUUGCCCCCUAUCACCCCGCCUCCACCUACAGGUUUAAGCGAUCUUAGUUUUACCACGUCGAGCCCAGUCCAGCUGGGCUUCGAGGAUCAGAGCGUACUGUACAACCGCGGCCUGAAUGAUUAUUUGCCCUCGCACGCGCUGUCGCGCGACACGUCUGUCAAUUCGACACUUGACGGCGAAUUCGUUUCGUACGGUUUUCCGCAUACUGGCGGUAAAGGCUUUGUGCUCAAUCAUACCCAGCAUACUACAAGUCUCACCCCCAAUGUGGGUGCACUCGGUCAGCCGUCAUCGACUGCAAGCGACGGGAGCUCAACGAGCGAUGACAACACAGAUAACACCGUCGUGCGAAGGGUCAAUGUGUGAUAUAUAUAUAGAAGGACAAAGAAAGGAGGGUAGUAUACAAGAUAAUAAGGAAGUGAGCCUCGUUACAGGUACGUAGAGCCGUUAAAAAGAAAAAUACACAGUAAUUCGCAUGGCUUCCAAGAACGGCCUGCUAUAGUCUGCCACCAUUUCUACCUCUGUGUUAUGCUAUUCCUGCUCCGGUUACUUUGCGGGUAACACAUCGUAGGUAUAUAGGCAGGUGCGCAAUUGGCACCGGCGCUGCCGGUCCAGUUUUUCUUAGCCCUGUCUCGCUAUUCAGUAUAAUUUGGGAUAGGCGAGACUUCAAUUUCCCUGUAUCAGACAAGAAUGAUACACUAAUGCACCCCGGCUAGGCAAACCGACAGAUUUUCGUUGACCGCGCAUGCGGGUUGACACCCCUUCCCCUUUUAUGUCUCGCAAAAGCUUACCCUAUCCAGCAGCACCCGAUACGCGUGAUCUAUCCCAAUUUGUUGAGCAGUCUAAACAAUAUCCCCUGUGCCGAGCAAUUCGUCCUACCUUCUCAUUAAUGAUCGUCCUGCGUUAGGCUUACCGCUUAUUAUUUUGUGCCUGACAAAGAUACCCAGCCCUAUUACAUUCAUGCAGCUUAGAACGUUCUGGUCCGACCCGUUUGUGUUUCUUCUCGCUGUAAAGCGAAAUCAAGCACAAUAAGUAGACACACGAGAAAACUGCGAGAGGCAGAUAGAAGCGAAUUCGAAGACUGUAUAAUUGUUGGACAGUAUGAUAUGCGCUUUUUGUAUUAAGUCACAUAGGAAACUCAUGACACUAACGAGGGCAAUGAAGAUGACGAUGGUAAAGUGUGAAUAUUUAGAAAGAAAUAUGUUUGAGACAGCGCGGACCGACAGAGAGGUAGAUCAACAAUUAGAACUAACACAAUUGUCUGUUACGACAUAAUGAUGCCCUAAAGUAGUACGGACUCAAUAUCCCUUAAUCACUUGGGUAACAGCACACUGUAUACGGUAUGCGUUACGCCAUACGAACAACUGCACAAAAUGGAAUGAUGAAAGAAGAGAGCGAAAUACCGCCUGAUACAGAUUCAUAUACAGGAACAAAAUUUGAACGCACCUCCAGCUACCUUAGUCGCUAAGAGGAGACCAGCGGGAAUGAAGGCAAGCAAGAAUGACUGAUGAUUGAUUGAUUACGAGCGGAAUAGAUUGAAAAGCUGAUUGACUCAAUCAGACUAAGUAAGAUCGAUUGUUAAGCGCUUGACGACAUCGGCUGAACGAUUAAUAACUGACUUUGUGCUGAUUAAUCAGACAUUGAAAUUACUGAUUGAUCACAGUCUCGAGAGCUUAAGUGAUUGCUAAGAAAUUCGUGUAAGAAUACGAAAAGAAAAAAGGUAACGAAUGGUGAUAAUAUCUCACACAGUAUGAUGACUAGUGUUAAUAUUCUAUAAAAUGAACGACGGGUUUCGAUCCCUCACAAUUGAAGCUUGAUUGAUUGAAGGGGCGGCACAUUGUGAUUGGGCAAUGUGUUAUUGAUUGUUAGAUUGAACGACCUAAUAGGUCGAUGCAGGUAGAGACAAGCCAAAGUGUGCAAGCGAUGAUUUCUGUACAGAUUUCUAUUUCUAAACAAAAACAAAAAAUGUAAACGUUGUUCACCCAGCACAGAGGAUAUAAUAGUAGCCGUAAUAACAAUAAUAAUUAUUAUGAUAGCAAUAUAGACAGGAAGGUCGAAUGAAGAAAAACGUCUUGGGAAAAGAGUACCAGGAAAACUAUAAGUGACAACCGGCGACAGCUUAGACGCUAGAUGUAGGUAAAAGGCUUUCCUGUAAAUCCAUUUCGAUUUGCAAUACAAGUUGUUACCGAUCGAUCAACCAGACGUUAGAUAAAAUAUUAACACUCAGAGCAAACCAUGCUUUUUCUGAGAUACACGCAUCUUUCGAACGUUAUUAUAGUAAGUGAUUAACUAAACGGACCAGUAUAUCGGCGUAGCUCACUCGAUUGUGUUACCGCAGUUGAGAUUAAUUUUUUUUUUCAGUUGAAUUAGUAUUUUAAUUUAUUCGUUAUUUUAUAUUUGUGCUUUCUUUCUUUUUUUUUUUUUUUCUUUAGAUAUAAUCACUACAAUUUUCCCUAAGCGUCUUAUAUAGUAUUAUCAAGAUUUAUUUAUUACGUAGAUAUAUCUGUCACGAAUACUUAGUCUCUUUUCUGUACAAAUCAAACUUCUCAAUCUCAUUUACAGUAUGACUACUUUCAAUAUUCUAUUGCAUUGUAUCAUAUCAUGGUGGUCCGUUUGCUGCUCGUGAUCAAUCCGCGGGCUGACAACAGUGAGAUGCCAUGAUCAAGCAGAACACCGUAGCCCUAUGGCGGUGCCUGUUAUCUCCACUAUAAUCAUAGUCGCGUCGUUGUUUUACAAUGGGACGAAAACUUUCAGUACGGAAACGAAACGGUAAAUGGAGAAUGAUCAU